GCGACGCCAACAAGACACGAUAUCAUCCCUCUCGGUCCCAGUUUCAUAAACCACCACCAGGAGUCAUUUGUUUUCUUACCGAAACAACGGGAUAAUCAAUUAAUCAAUUAAAGUUGUAAAUUAAACAGUCAAAUAUUGCAUCAACGGGUCAAUUAAAUUCUCUUCAAAAUUAUCUGUGCUAGAAAGUAAAGCGUCAAGCUCAAAUUUAGUUUGUUAUUGCACCAACAGAAGUGCUUGUUGAAUAUAAAAAAUAAUAAACUCGAGGAAAAACUAUAUAUUUUAAAAUUAUAAAUAAGACAUGUUUGACGUGUUUGGAGUUUGUUUUCUUAGUUUUGAAAGCACCACGGAAAACUUUUCGUGACCACCUGUGAAGCGAGCCUCACGUGAUAUUGGAAUUCUUCGGGGUAUACAUAAAAUAUUUUAUGUGAAUGAGAGAAGCUGAGGGAAGAAAUAAACGACAGAACAGAAUAGAAUAGAAGUAGGGCCUGCGUUGACGGAGUGGUAUAUGCACAAAUCCAUAUUCUAAUAUUUAGGCCCGAAUAUUGUGGCUUCGUCCGAGGCUGUACAGUGAUAGUGAAGUGAAGAAUAAAGGGAGGAAAAGUUCUUCUCGUGGAGAGCCAUCCAGAACGGUAACAAGUUCUUUCGGCAACUGUGAAUAUCCUACAGUGUGGGAAUCCUGGCGAAAACCGGAAGUGAAGCAGCGAACAAAAUUGCUCCGCGACCACCAAUGGCGGCCGCGGGCUUUCCGCCCAACUUUACCAACGUCGGCGUAAUAGAGAACUGCGCUGGCAUGGAGGCAGCGAAUGGUGCACUGGACCACGAUUUUCACAAUGCCCUAGUGCCAAUAAACGGUAGCCAUUCAGGUAGCUCCGGCAGGAGUACACCAAACAGUGGUGAUCCAGCACCGGGCAAAUUAUUUGUCGGUGGAUUGUCGUGGCAGACGAGUAGUGAAAAAUUGAGGGAAUAUUUUGGAAUGUUUGGAACUGUGACGGAUGUAUUAAUAAUGAAGGAUCCAGUCACGCAGCGGAGUCGAGGUUUCGGUUUCAUCACAUUCGCUGAGCCUGGCAGUGUCGACAAAGUCCUGAAAUGUCCGAUUCAUACACUCGACGGAAAGAAGAUCGAUCCGAAACACGCGACACCAAAGAACCGCGCUAAACAGGCAAAUCGAACGAAGAAAAUAUUUGUGGGUGGUGUGAGCCAAGACACGAGUAGCGACGAGGUGAAGGCUUACUUCAAUCAAUUUGGCAAAGUUGAGGAGACGGUUAUGCUGAUGGAUCAGCAAACAAAGCGACAUCGUGGCUUUGGAUUUGUGACGUUUGAGAAUGAGGAUGUUGUCGAUCGUGUCUGUGAAAUUCAUUUUCACACGAUUAAGAAUAAGAAAGUUGAGUGCAAAAAGGCUCAGCCAAAAGAGGCAGUUCAACAGAGUGCCCUUGCACUUGGCAAACGUGUUGUAUUGGGAGCACUGGGUGUUCGUCUAGCGCCUCAGCCACAGUUGCAAGUUGCCACAGCAUCGCAAUUCGUUGCUGCGCAGGCCCAAGCGCAGGUCCAGGCCGCAGCAGCCGCAGCCGCUGCUGCACAGGUGCAAAAUGCUGUUGCGGGCUAUGGGAAAUUAUUUGCAAGCAGCUAUCCAGCACUGUCGGCAUACAGAUAUGCGCCAUAUCCAAUUCCUACGGCUGUUGCAGCAGCACCGCCAACAGCGCCAGCACCACCUACUACAGCCACAGCGGCUCAACCGCAAGGAGGUGCACCACCGGGCAAUCCCUAUCAGGGAUAUUCACUGACAAAUGUCGAUAUGUCGAGUUUCCAGGGUGUUGACUGGGGCUCCAUGUACGGUAUGGGAAUGUACGUUUAAAUUUUCAUUAAAAUGUGGAUAAUUAAUGGAAGUCAGUGCCACCUGCAUCUUUCUUCGAGAGCUUCGGAUAAUGCAAACAGUUGGAGCAGUGGGUAGACAGUGUCAAUUGUCAGAGAGAUUACCCCGGGAAUAAUGGAAGAGGAUAAACAUGUUAAAUUCAAUCUUGGAAGGUGUCAAGCCAGAUGAAUGCAAGUCUGAUUUUUUUUCACUCUUUUUUUUUAUUAUUUAAAUUAUUCUCUUCGUACCGUCCUCAACACUCUUUUCAUUUAUUAAAUGUAUGUUCAAUCGAUCUCUCUUCAUCUGCGCUCCGUUCUUUCGGCUUCUCCGGCCAUUAACAAUAUUUUUUUUUUUUUCAUUUUUUAUCUUUAUUUUUCUUUCGUUUUAUCAGUCCGCGCCAAUUGCGCAGCGGUGCAUUGUUGGUGAGGAAAAUGAUUGUUUUUUUUUUUAUUUUGAAUAAUCCAAUUUCGUUGAUAUUGUUCGAGCACUGUAAUGCCCCGAAAUAUCAAUCCGAAAUGUGUUCUUGAGUAAGUUGGGCAGAUAUUAACGCAAUACUCCUUUAUUUAAACAAUAAUCUUUUCCCACUCGAUGCUUCCCCCGAUUAGACUUCAAUGGUUUUCGUAAUAAUCGGAUAAUAAUAAAUUGACUUCUUGUUAAUUAAUUUAAUGAGAAUGAGAAUAACAAAGAAGAUCGACGGGCUGUCAAUACUUACUGAUAAGAAGUAAUAUGCAUAUUAAAAAUAUAUUUUUUUUUCGAGUAAUGGAAGACAAUAUUUCUCUGCUCUCCAUGGCGUAUGAAAGAAUAGCCAUCGUUUACAAAAUAAAAUGAUAAAAAUCGAUUGAAUAAUUAGUGUAAGAACAAUAUUACUAGAACAGGAAGGUAAAAAAAGGUAAUGGAAAAUGAAAAUAAUGAAAAACUAGAAGUUGAAAAAUAAUCUCGCGUACGUGAAAAUUGCACCAGGACGUAUUAUAUUGAUUGGCGUGUGCCGGGUCGCGCGUUAAUUCUAUUUCAUAGUUAUUCAAUCAUUAAGGAUACUCAAUAGUAACUUAAGUGGCGCGAAAGCGAUCCAAGAAAACAGGAUAAUUAUUCUAAUGAUUAAAUCCACAUUGAGAUUAGCUCAAGAGAGAGAGAGAGAGAGAUUAGAUAUGUGAAUAAGUUAAUACGUGUGAUUUUUUCACACUCAUAAUGAUUAAAUCUUUUUCUAAAAUUUUGGACUGAAAUGUGUUCUCAGUUGAGAGCCCAAAUAAUAAUGAGAUAAGAAAGGGGAAGAGUUUUAUGAGUGAGAAAAAUGAGACAAGUCGAAUUUGAGAUAUGUCGAGCAAUAAGUGAAUUACUCAACUAAUUACAUGGGAAAUAAUGAUGAAGCAGCAUACAAUACUAGUAGCGUAUACAUACAUUUGUAUAUGUCUCCAUAAGUUAAUUAUCAUGAUAAUUUAAUGGACUAACGCGUUAAGAGACGCAAAAAAUGCGGCUCGUCAUUUCCGUUGUUCAAAGGGAGAAAGGAAAAAAAAAAUGAAGAAAUAAUAAGUAAUAUCUCUAAAAGUACGAAAUUUCACGAAAUAUUGGGAGGAGAAAUAACAUGCGAGUGAUAUUCAAUAUAAAAUUUCGUCAUAAGUUAAGAGUAAAAACAAAUAUUGUUACUCGCGACACCCCACGAGUAUUAUUAAUUUAUAUUUAACACAUAUUCUUGAAUAUUGUCAUUAAAAAAUGAUACGUACUUAUGGUCUUUGCUUAAGAGCAAGACUGACAUGAGAGUGAGAAAAACAAAAAACAAAAAAAAAGUAAUAUACAGGAGGUAAUAAGCGUGAGUGUGUGAGUCGCGUGUACGAGUGCUUAGUUGAGAAAGAAACAAAAAUUCCAAUUUUCGAUGGUAGAAGGUGCAUUGACCAUUGGACAUGACGAGCAUGUAGGUUAACGAUAAUGUCUUAUUUUUCAUUUUCAACGGCCAUUGGUAGACAUUUGCAUUAUCAAUUUUUUUUUCAUGAUCUAUAGAUUCCCGUUGAACUCCUGUUGAUGGAAAAGCAAAGAAAAAUAAUACAUAACAAUACCUCUCCAUUCAUAAGAUUCUUUCUACAAUCGGAAUAAUAUUGACUAGCGAAUGUUAACAGUAAUGCGUAGUUUAGUUUUUUGAACGCUAACCACCCACUAGUUUUUGAGAGUAUGAAUUAUCAUGUGAUACAUGAUUUAUUUAUGUAUAAUGUUUACAUUAGAUGAAGCAUGCUGGUUGAUGAUUCUCCUGAAAAUAAUUAGUCUUCUUUUUCUAUUCACUCUAUUAUUUCUCACCAUUCUUGAAGUUACAAGUUCCGUCGUUCGUCCGUGUUUACAAUAGUCACUCGAGUCGUUUGAAAUUUGUCGGUGUGAUUGAAUAUUGAAUCGGAAUUGUCGAUAAUUCUUAUUAACCUGUAACCUCACGAAUUUGCCAUCACUCAACAAAAGAAUUGAAAGAAAAAAAUACAACGGCGAUUACUGUAGUGGUCUGCAACAUGUGAAUUCAUAAUAACCAGUGACCGUAUUUUGCAAUAGAAAAUCAACAACUAUCAUUAAUUAUGAUUAUGCAUCAAGCCUUGUUAUUGUUAGUAGUAUUGUCAUAAUGCCAUUAUUACCACGAUUAUCAAAUCAAACAGAACUCUACACGUACGCCAAAACAUCACUCUGUUAUCAAAAUGUGAGGCUCACACCGGCAAAAGAAUUAAGGAAGUAUUAACAAAGAUACUAAUAUUUAGCUCUCAUUAAAAAUUCAUAAAGUGUCACGCCCAAAUUUCGCCUGCAGAACGAACGGCUAAGUUUAAAGAUAUGAUAAGCAGGAAGGGGGGGAAAAAAAUGACAUCUGAUCGUUCUGCACGUGAAAGCAGAACGAGGCAAGCAUUUGUGUACAGAAGAGAACACACGUCCUCGAGGGGUUGUGAGUAUGAGGGUGUAUUUGGUGGGUGGGUUGGUUUUAGUUGGUCUGUGAUCCUCCUCUAAAUUUUCUAUCCUACUCUGUCGUCUACCGAUCGAUCGUUCCAACGGGUGUCUCCUGCAAGCAUUGCAAGGGGGACUAGCUAGGCAUCAUCCCUCGAUUGGUGCGCGCGUCGGUUUACUUCGGGACACCCCCGAAGGAUCGAAGGCUAAACUUCUCCGCAUUCUUCGUGCUUCCAUAGUACAUCUACAAACUCAUAUCCAUUCACGUAUACGCAUACGUGUAAUCCCCGAGUAUUCUCUUAAUUUAAUUAAGCUCAAAUCACAUUUUCCAUCUUUAUUAGCCGAAAUUUGAUAGAAGAUAAACACAGGGGAAUAUCCACAGCCCCUCGAGGACGUACUGAGUCUCAAUCCCAUCGCAAUGAGAGGAACAUGGACUAUGAUUGACAUAACGUGAAGUAAACAUACACAUGAAAACUCUCAAACCAUAUACAUAACACAGUAAUACAUGAGAAUUAAGAGAAAAGUUGAUGAAAAAAAAAAUCUUAGAUUAGAUAAAUGCCUAGUGAAAUUGCCAAUAAAGUAGUCGUUUACAACUGGUAGCUAA